GCUGCCGCUCGUCGGACACCACGCGCCACAUGCACAUGCUCAUGCACAUGCGGCCCAUGCCCAUGCGGCGCAUAUGCAUGAAAGGGAGAGAGAUAGAGAUGAUAGGGAGAAAGAAAUUGCAUUGCAAAGGGAACGGGAGAGGGAGAGAGAACGGGAACGGGAGAGGGAAAGAGAGCGCGAACGCGAGCAACGCGAGAAAGAGCAACGCGAGCGCGAACGCCUCGCGCGCGAGAAAGAGACGCGAACGCGCGAAGCGCUCCGCGACGAGCAGCGAGCACUCGCCGCUCUCGCGCCGCACCUGCCGCACCCGGGCGUGUUCCUGCGCGCGCCGCUGCUGCCGCCGCCGCUGCUGUACCGGCCCUACCGGCCCUACGCGCCCUACCCGCCGCCGCCAGACCCUGCGCCGCCGCCCGUCUCCACCUCUCCGCCGCACCCGGGCGUGUUCCUGCGCGCGCCGCUGCUGCCGCCGCCGCUGCUGUACCGGCCCUACCGGCCCUACGCGCCCUACCCACCGCCGCCCGAGCCCGCGCCGCCGCCCGUCUCCGCAGCGUCCACGCCGGCGUCGACGCCGCCGCAGCCUGCCGAGCGGCCAGCAGGUGACCUGCCGGCCUGA